GCGCCGAUGACGCCUGCCUGUCGAUAGGAGGUGGAGAGAGCGCGGCUCAUUGCUCAUUGUUUAAUGGCAAGGCUUUCUGGUGGAAGAUUGAGGAAGGACAGGAUGAUCCUAUAAGCAUGCAUAUGUCGUUGAUCACAGUAUAUAGUGGAGGAGAUAGAAGGCAGCCUUCCCAUCUAUACAAUUGACAACGACUAAUCAACUACGAUCCAACCUCACUACUCACUCAACAACAUCUAUCCCUGGCUUUAUCAAUCAACAAAGUAAACUAUUGAGAAAAUGUCUCCAUCACGAACGCCAGGGGCAUGGAAUGGAGCAAAUGGACCAAGAAUCCUUACUGAAGAACAACGACAAAGAAAGCGAGAAAGGGACCGUGCUACCAAAAGAGAAGAAAAGAUCAAGAUCCAGCGACGACUACAGGAGCUCGAACAGACCAAGGAAUACGCCACUCGACGAAUUCAAGAGCUAGAAGCACAAGUCGAAACUCUUCAAAAGACAUGCCGUUGCAGGGCAGGAAAUACUGGCGGGAGGAGUCAGCGCGGCUCUCUCAAUCACAGUGUCACGAUACAGUGUAGCCCAUCAACACUUGUGCCCCCUUCGUCACUUCCCUACGAAGAAAGCAACGGAUCCAUAAGUAGGUUUCAUAAUUUGUCACUCGUUUAGCCUAUCCUCUUCCCAACGCAGCUUCUAACUUUGUCAUAGUGGCGAGCCCACUUCAUUCUGAAUACAGCAACGAUGACUAUAGCCCUGGGUACAGCGACUUUAUUUAUGAAAGCAAUCAUCCCAGUCCACUUCCUUACAGAGUUUCAACUGCUCCACAAACUUAUACCACCGCUACUCACUCCACACCCAGCACGUGGAGCAUUACACCGCAUACUCUUUCUGCGAGUGCCCACCCAUACUCUUCGCACAGCUCUUCUGCUGAAGAAUCAAAGAGUGUACGUUAUUGCUUAUUCCUACGAAUGGAUUACAAACCCAAAGACCCAGCUAACAUGAAGUUACAGUACACUGCUUGGGACAGCCGUCACUCAGAGUCGAGAAGCUCCUAUAGCUCUUACUAAAGACUUUAUUGGAGUGGGAACUUUCUGUUAAUACCUCGAGGUUGCUGGGUAUUGUGUAUCAGAUCAGGUGAAAGCGGAAGAUUUGCCUCAUCCAAUGAGAUACUCUGUAAUGAAUCACGAAGAAAAAGCAAUCGAAAUGGAAUAUGGCGUUUUGUAAUAGGAUUCAUUCUUAUCCAGCAUGUAUUUCUGGUAAGUUCAUCAUUUUUGACUCCAGGGUGGUACACUAAAUAUCGCUUGACUGACACAUUAUCCAGUACUAUAUUUUCACAGUUCACUUGCCUAGUGACAACGCAACCCACAAAGUCGAAAUAAAACAUCGGCUUAAAAUGCGAACUUGUGGUACACUUUACUUUUCUGUAAGUGUACAGUACCUCUUCACAUCUCCCGAGUUCAAGCGAGUAAAUUGCUAAGCGAAGAUUUUCAUAGUUAAUGGCACAAUUUUUCAAAGUACUCACAUCUUCCAAAGAACAUACACAAACACAAAAAAUAUAUGGCCGAUUCAACUACAACAAGAAACCUUCCUGAAUUCCAUUUGAGCUUCUCACCCUUCACAUCUCUUUUCCAUUGCACACGUGUCCAUGCAUCAGCUACACCACAACUACCAAUAGCCAAGAACACGAACCUCGUCAGAAAAAAAGAAAAGAAAAAAAAGAGACCGAAUAUCUCCUUUCAACGUACACCUACACCAACUGGCCCUGAAAUACGAGUGGAUAUUUUGCGCUUACAUCAGCCGAUACGUCGAGUUUCUUCUUGCAUCGGAUUGGAUCGGCCCUACUCAGCCCUAUUGAGGGGUUGCAGUACAUACUGUACGAGUACAGCUGAAAUAAUGACGGAGAUGCCCAAAGUAGACCGGUAGAUGACGUGCCUGCAGGGCUGCAACUGAAAAAGAAGGGUGAAAACGCUGUAGGAAUUCGCACGAUAAAUUCUGGAACUUUUUGAAUUUUUCACCAGACGGAUGGAACUGCGAUAGAGUCCAAGCGCAUUUAAACGAAUGAGUUGGAGGAAGCGAGGUGACUGAGAUUGAGAUCUGAAUACAAGAACGCCGAAAAUGCAACGAUUGGUCCGUUGGAACUGGCAGAUUUUGUUUGUGUUAUUAUUACCAUUUUCUCUACGCCUUUCCCUAUGUCUUUCUUUUGACCUGCGCGUAUAAAUCUCCCCAUUUGGGCUAGGGGAUCGAAGGAUGAUUAAAGGCUGUGUGUGGGGGAUUAGGGGUGGUCUGUAGGAUUAAUAGGAGUUGGUGUGAGCGUGAUUGAUCUUGGUGGUUGGUGGGUUGACUUGGGGAUGGGGGGCUGUACUGUACGAUGGACAAAGUACCUAGGCAACAGUCCAUCUGGAAUCAUUGGAUGAGGGAAUUUGCGAGAGUAUGAACUAGUCUUUUGUUAUUGUUACAACUAUCAUAGAUUUCUUUCUCC